AUGAAUCCGCUUGGAAUGAGCCAACGCGUUUCGCUGCAGUUCGUAAUUUUUGGUUUAGUGGUUUUCGAACGCGUGUUAGCCCAUACAAUGGCUUGUGAGGACCAGCCGACUAUCAAGUCAGUGCUUUUACCCUCCCAGACAAAUCUGGUGUCAAUUUAUCGACCCCGAAGGGAUGAAAUGUUUGGUUGGCACGAGAGCGGUUUCGAACCCUCGACUGUGUGGCCACGGAUCACCGCCAAUAUUUGUCUCGAUUCGUUACAAGACCUCUGUGGCCUACUUUUGGCCCUCUCAUUUGGAUCAACCAUUCCUCAAAUAGAAAGUCGCAGCGUAGAAGACGAUUUAAGAAAAACUGAAACAAAUGUAGCAGAUCCACCAAAAGAUGUAGUCGCUGAAUGGAAUGAAAAAAUAAGUCCUAUGAAAAGGAGUGUCUUAGGAGUGACACAACAGACGAAGAAUGGUACAGUAACAUCUUAA